UAGUAAUAUAUUGAUUGAGAAGGAGGCAUUAACUUAGCGUACUUUAACAUUGAUAAUGGAAGCCCCAAAUAGAAGAAUAGUAGGAUUAAUGUAAUGAUCAAGGAUUUCACUGUAAAGAAUUAAAAGUUGGAGAAUUACAUUGUAAGUACUGAAAUGUUAGGAAUUUAGUGAAGGAAUGACCAAAUGGCAAUUUGUCUGUCAGGUUAGUAUAAAAGCGGGAACACUGUGUAACGGAUAGCUUAACAAUCGAAUAACAAAAAUAUUCUCUCUCUUUCUAUACUCUUUCUUCUUCUCUAUCUUCUGCUCUUCUUCUUCCUCACGUAUAUGUUCUCCACUAUUAGCCAUUCCAUGGUCGAGGUCAAUCCAGGUGAAUAGGUGAUCGUUGCAAAUUGGUAUCAGAGCAGUACUCGACAAUCAUGGCGGCAGCUACAAGCACCGUACUUCUGGAAGAGCGAAUAAAUACCGUCGUCACCAAUAAGGCGGAAGCCUUGGAAACCAACAUUCAACAAUUCAGAAGCGACGCCUCUAUGCAUAUCACCAACUCGACGAGCAAGCGGUGGUAGUUCGAGAUCGCUUGACAAGAAGUGAGAAUCAACUGCAGGAACUCACAACCAAGGCCGAUAGACAUUCAAGACAGUUCGCGAAUCUCAACACCAGAGUGGGCGACGUGGAUCGACGAUUUGACGAAUUGGAUUUGAAUUCGGAAAUCUCGACCAGCGAUUUGAGCAAAGCUUUGAGGAAAUGUUAUGCUAUUACGAUCAGUUAGGUCAAAACCAGCCAGCGGUGGUUGUGGCUGAUACAACGGUAGCUGUGGGAGAUCGGCUCCAACGACCGGGGGCAUACUUCCCUUGGCGGAGCUCGGGGUAGUUGUGUUGGAGCUCAAUCCGCCUCCGCGAGGGAAGGUUGAGAGAAAUCAUGAGGCGAAUCAGGACGAGAAUCAGUUCAUUCAGCAUAAAAAACCCCACAGAAUAACAAUCAGGUGAAACUUCCUCGUCUUGAUUCCCCCCCCCCCCCCCCCCUUUACUGGAGAAAACCCUAGAGAAUGGAUACGAAAAUUCGAGAAAAUGUUUGCCAUAUAUUAAAUUCUGGCGGAUCAAUGGGUGGAAAUGGAGGCAAUCUAUUUUGAUCGUAGGGCAGAUAUUUGGUUUGAAGGUUGGACGUCUACUAGGCGUGAGCUAGUAUGGUCUGAGUUUGUGAUAGCAUUGUGUGCGAGAUUCAGUGAUUAGACUCAAGGUGGUAUUGUAUGAGAGUUUAACAAAUUGAAACAAAGAGGAUCCCUGGUGGAAUAUCAAGAGAAGUUUAGGAUCUGAAGUCUCAAAUGUUGAGGUAUAAUGUUGCGUUGUUAGAGGAGUACUUCAUUUCUAGCUUUGUUAGUGGUCUAGAGGAAGAUUUGAGGCCAAUAGUGACUAUGAUGAGGCCUCAGUCGUUGGUAGACGCACUCAAAAUUGCCAAGUUAGAAGAGGCUUCCAAUGAGGCCAAAAGAAGGGAAUGGAAAACUGUUGCUCGUGCUUCUCCAGCUUUUGUUAAUCAUGACAGUGGUAAUGGAGCUAGGAGGUGGGAAGGAAACAUCAAGCCUCUACCAGUGUCUAAACCUUCAUCGGCCCCUUAUUCUAAAGGAAAUUAUCCUAAAGGGUCCUGUUACAAAUGCGGAGACAAAUACUUCUUUGGACAUGUCUGUGAACCAAAAAAACAACUCAAUGCUUUGCAAAGUCACAAUGAAGUGGUAAUACCCCUUGUUGACUAGAGUGAGGAUGAAUAAAGUGAGGUCCAAGACGAGAUUGAGGUACAACCAACUGAAGAAGUCCUGAUGCAAGCACUAAGUAGUGGGGGUUUCUUGGUAGUUAAGGGGAAGGUGAAAAAGAACAUAAUAUACAUAUUGAUAGACAUUGGGAGCACUCGUACAUUUUUACAUGAGCAGAAAGUUGAGGACUUCAAGUGUAUACUAGUUCUAGCUCCUCCCAUGCGUGUUAAGUUGGUUGAUGGUACAGUGUUGAUAAGCAACUUGAUGUGCAAGCAGUUUCGUUGGGAGAUGCAAGGUAAUGUGUUCACUCAUGAAGUAAGGAUUUUAAAGUUGGGGUCACAUGACAUGGUACUAGGGCUGGAUUGGUUGAGGACUGUGAGUCCAGUAAAGUUUGAUUUCGUUAAUCUACAACUUUUCAUUGAGUUGGAACGGCAGGAAGUCAUGCUCUCAGGUAUUUAGAACUUUGGCAGUUGCAAGUUGAUGACGUGGAAGGGGUUACAAAAGUUCUUGAAGAAGGGUACCAAUUGGGAUGGGCAAUUGUUUAGUCUCACCAUGGGGCCACUGCCAGCUUCAUCUUUGGUGCCAGGUAACAUUCCACCUUUCCUACAAUCUGUGAUCACUGAAUAUUUGGAUGUAUUUGGCAAACCUACUUUCCCACCCCCAUCUAGACCCUGUGACCACACUAUACCCUUACUACCCAAUUCCAAGUCCGUAAAUCUUAGACCUUAUCGAUAUUCCCUACCCCAAAAAGCUGAAAUGGAUAGGCUAGUUGUUGAUGUCGGGGUUGUAGCCGACGUUGAAUUUUUUUAUGUUGGGCACAAGAGUCGGUCGACGACCACCUUUCACAUCGAACUUCUCUCAUGAUGUUAGCUUCGGUCGUCUAUUGUAAAAAAGGUCUGUCGGCCAAUCUUGGCAGGGACACUCUCCGAUGCUCAAGUUAGCGAGUGGGUUGAGUGGAGAGGUAUAUGACCUCGAAAAGAAAGGCGAGAGAAUGGAAUUGAGAAUGAAUAUAUGCGCUAAUCAAUAAUCAUAGCGGGAGUUCACGAGUUUAGGCAUGGGGGUUUUUGCUUACCUCAAUCUGGGACGAAAUGGCCUUUUAUAGAGGCCUCCAAGCGGACAUGAAGGGAGUAAGUGUCUCCCUCAGGAGCUUGGUGGUGUGGACAGAGGACACGUCGCGGGGGUACGUGGCUAAAGGUUCUAGGUGACCUGGGGUGGGCGGAGAGCCAAAGGUAGUCGAGGUGAUCCGGGGUGGUUGACCACAGGGGUGAUUGGAGUGACAUGGGGUGGCCGUGGUGACUUGAGGUUAUUGACCCCGAGGUGGGAUAGGUGACCCGAGGUGAUUGAAUAAGAAGUUGGAGAAUUACAUUGUAAGUACUGAAAAGUUAGGAAGGUAGUGAAGGAAGGACCAAAUGGCAAUCUGGCUGCCAGGUCAGUGUAAAAGCGAGAACACUGUGUAACAGAUAGCUUAACAAUCUAAUAAGAGAAAUCUUAUCUCUCUUUCUCCUUCUUUCUAUUAUGCUAUUCUUCUUCCUCGCAUCUUUGUUCUCCACCAUUAGCCAUUCCAUCGUCGAGGUCAAUCCAUGUGAUCGUUGCAAUUAACCAACUAAUCCAUUCAAUACUGAUUGUUGGACAAAAUUCGACCCCGUAGGUAGCAUCAACACAAUUUCAGCAAUUAUCAUAUGAAGGGCGAGGUUUAAGGCUUAUUUUAAUUUGGCAGGUUUCCACUGCUGAUUAAGAGCAUCCACAUCGAUGGUAUUUGCUCAACUACAAAUCCUACAUGACACUCAAUAUGCAAUUGCAAAGGGGAUUGCACCAAUGUAGUGAGCAAUUGCAAAUAUGCAAGCUUGCAUUAAAUGAAAUUUAAAAUGCAAG